AAUUUGAAGCUUAAGCAAAUUCGUAAAGCGUAUAAAUAUCGCGUCAGUUCAUACAACAAAUUAGUUGCUAAGAAGAAUAUUUUCAACAAUAAAUAAUCGAUCUCCGAAUUUCUCAACGACUUUUCUUUUACGUGGUUCUGGUAAAAUUAUGGCCACAUUGACAAAAAAUCGAUUCAUUUUUUUGGAACUUUUGUGUGGAUUAAUAAGUGCACACGGACUCGAUAUAGCCAUCGUUGGGGCGGGCCCUUCUGGCCUUGUAAGUGCUAGAAAUGCUCUCAAAGAUGGACACAAAGUAGAUAUAUACGAAAAAAGCGAGGCUAUUGGUGGUGUUUGGUACUAUACGGAUAAGACUGGAAAUGACUCGUUUGGAUUUCCCAUUCACAGCCCGAUGUAUCAUGGAAUGAGAACGAAUAUUCCACAUCAAAUUAUGGAGUUUCCAGGAUGGAAAUAUCCUGAAGGAUCACAGUCAUAUCCAACAUAUGAAGCCGUUUGGAGCUACAUAGACUCUUAUGCUAAGAAAUUCAAAUUAAUGGAACACAUCAAAUUACGUCAUUUAGUGGAGGAAAUUAUUUCCUUGCCAAAUGAUAGAUGGCAAGUGAAUGCCAAGAUUUUUCCCGCCCAACAGACCCAGAAUAAAACAUAUGAUGCUGUUUUUAUUUGCACUAAUCUUUAUUCUUGGCCAUACACUCCACAUAUUGAUGAUGCGGAUAAAUUCGAAGGGAUAAUCUUACACAGUCACGAUUUCCGGAAAGCUGACGAUUUUCGCGGAAAGGAAGUUCUAAUUAUUGGUAGUGGUGAAAGCGCACGGGAUAUAGGACGUUUACUUUCAAAAACCGCCAAACGAAUAGCAAUCAGCACAAAUCAACGACCCUUUGAAUCGGAUGAAGCACGUCUUCAGUUAUAUGGAGCCAAUUUUUCAUAUAAGCCUACCGUAAAAUGUUUCACGCCAAACGGAGCAGCAUUUAGCAACGGAACAUCACAAACUUUUGAUACAGUUAUCUAUGCAACAGGUUACAGAUAUAAGUUUCCAUUUUUAAGCAACGACACCGGAAUCAAAGUGGAUGACAAUUUUAUUUAUCCUUUGUACAAGCAAGUUCUGAAUAUAGAACAUCCCACAAUGGCAUUCAUCGGGGUGCCAUUAUUUGGUGUGAAUAAUUAUGUAUACGAUUUGCAGGCCAGAUUUGCACUGAAAUUCCUCUCAAAAUCCAAGGAAUUUCCAUCACAAAAUAGUAUGUAUUUGGAUACUAAUGCGUAUGUCGAAAAUCUGUGGAAAGUUUGGAAGGUUCCGAAAAGUAAAACCCAUCUCAUUGGACUAAUGAAUUUCAAACAAUACUAUGAAGAAUUUGCAAGAAUCGCAGACAUUGCCAAAAUUCCAGAUAUUAUUCAAACUUUAUUUCACGACGCAAUAAUGAACAUAUUUCAAGAUCCAGUCGGUUAUCGUAAUUAUAAAUACAUCAUUAAAGGCGAUAAAUAUGAAAAAGAAAAAGAAUAGAGAGUAUGUAUAUGGUUCAAACAAUAAAAAACACAUCAAAUUUGUGUGACGUUAAGAGUAUAGUUUCGUAAAAUUAAAAAAAAAAUUGUGACAAUAAAAUUCAUAUUUGUCAACAACUGUUUUAUAACUCUUGGAA